UCAUCGUCAUGGUAACAAUACCAUAAUAUUCAAUUAUUGUAGCGAUGUCUUCUUUCGCGACCGGCGUCCGCAACCAAACCAAAGAGCGAUUCGACGCGUUGCUGAAAUCCGCUCUGCGUAAGAAAUCGCAGUCCAAGUCCAAGCAGAAUCUGGUUGAGGAGGUGGAGGUGGUCAGCGAUGGAGGAAUCUCCAACGCGUCGGAGGAUAAGGCUUACAUCAUGGACAAGUUCCUGCAGGACGCGACAGAAGCGAAGGUUCCAAUCCCCAAACCUAGGCGCAGGUUGCUCGAUGGAAAAUCCGACAAUCAGCAAAGCAAAAUAGACGAGCGCUCUGAAGAUAAUAAGAUGAAAGUGAAGGUAAAGAAACCAAUAGAAUCCAAUCAUUCUUCUUCAGAUGAUGAAGGUGAUAAGUCGAGAGUUAAAAGAAAGGUAAAUGUAAGGAAACCGAUCGAAUCAACCGAUGAUGACAGCAAAUUGGUCGAGAUUUACGCGAAACCGGAAUCCUCCAGCAAGUCUUCAAUUACAAAAGACGAAGAUAACAAUUCCAUUAUUAACAAUUCAAAAUUACCAGUCGAUUCCACCGACGAAGACGAUGAUACUUACGUUAAAUCAAAUAUAAAAAAUGAAGAAUGUAUAAAGACAAAUGAAUCCACGGAUGAUGAACCAUCUAGUAAACCGAAAAUAAAACCACGAAAUAUUCCUAAACAAAAUAUUGAAACUUUGAAACGAAAACAGAAGAAUGUUGAAAGUAAAGAAUCGCAGAAGUCUUUGGAUUCUAUAUCAAAGGAGGAGGAGGUGAGUUACGAGGAUGAAAUUAAACCGAAACCGAGAAAGUCGAAAGCGACGGUCAAACCUAAACCUAGGACGCGGGUGCCUCAGAAAGGGACAGUUUACGGAUACGAGAAAAUCUUGAAUGUCUGCGUGCAUCGCACGGACAGAUUGAAACUGGAUUCGUACGUGAUACAUCCGGUGGUGAAGAUACAUUUGGUCGAUGGGAAAACCGGUGAUUAUUUGAAGAAAUCGGAUAAGAGCAGAGCCGCUCUGUUUUACUACGAGAACAAGCAGAUUGAUUAUAUUGGACCGAUCAUGACACGCGCUUACGACUUGCAAGAAAAUAGAUCGUUGCAUCCUAAUUGGGAGGAAAACAUUAUGAUCAACGAGGAUUUAGAGUAUUUAAAGAGUUCACCGGAUUUACUAAUGUUAUUCGAAGUCAUGGACUUUUCCAGAAAAGAAGGUUGGUAUAGAAUAGCGUGGGCUUUCCUAAAUCUGCAUCCGACGAAUCUCGAGAGAAGCGUCCGCUUGCAACUGUUCGCGCCGAAGAAAAUGAAGAUCUACAACGCGAACCAAUGCGAGAUUUUCGAUCUGUGGUCGAAAAAGAAUUACCAAAAGUAUCCUUCCACUUUGCACGUCACCGUAAAAGGUGUAACGAUGCCACAAGAAUCUUCCACUUUGCGCUCAAAUAAUCCUUACCAAAAGGAAGUUGGUAAGAGUCAGUUAAUAGAAGAAAAACAUAUAACGGAGAAUCCAAUCAGCUGGGAUAAAGUUGACCAUCAAAUCUGCAAAAUACCAAAUAGAUUGGUGCAGAAAAUUGAGGGCGGAGAAGAUGGUUGUUUUUUAAUGGCUUUUAGCAAUUUGGGAAAUCACUUGGCUUAUUGUGCUUUGGAAGAUAAUGUUUACAACAUCAUGAUUUAUUCGAUCAUCGAGAACGAGGAUGUAGCAUGGUUCCCGAGUCACCAAGGCUUGAUAUACUGCUUGAUUUGGUCGCCAAAUGAUAAAUACGUUAUUUCAGCUUCUGCUGAUUGCACAGUUGCUAUUUGGGACGUGGAGAAACACACAUUUAUUCAAAUGCUUCCACAUCCCGCUUUCGUUUAUACUUGUUGCUUUAUUGGAUCAUCAAUAGCGACUGGGUGUUAUGACCAGUAUAUACGAAUUUGGGGUCUUGUCAAAGAUGGUAAUUACGAGUUACGAGAAGAAUUGAAAGGACACGAAGGCUAUGUUACAUCCGUGUGCUCCAAUAAGACAGGAAAUCUCUUGUACUCUUCAGAUUCCAUUGGAACCGUUCUCAUAUGGUUAUUUGACGAAGAAAAUUGGCAGCUUUUGAGGCAAUUGUUGGUGUUAGAUUUCAAAGAGGUCGUCAUCAAUCAAAUUAUCCUUCAUAAACGAGAGAAGAGGCUGUUCGUCAACAGCAGAGACGAUAAAGUGCGGAUGAUUGAUAUAAAGACAGGAUACGUCUUACAAACUUACCAUGGAGCUCGAAAUAACAGGGUCCAUUCAAAAAUUGCAAUUUCUACUUGUGGGAAUUACGUGUUUUCUGGAAGUGAAUCAGGAGAUCUAUACGUUUGGAAUACGGAAAACGGCACCAUAGAAGACGUUUGGAAGCCCUAUAACAAAGAAGUCGAUAUACACUGCAUUACAUCUCAUCCUAAAGACGCUUAUUUGGCCAUUUCGCAUUACGGGUUGCCUCUGCCCAUACUUUUGUAUGGUCAUGAAAAUGGCCCAAAACUAGAUUCUACAAUCAACGAAGAACCUACAAAUAAGUCCCAAAUUGAAAAGAAGUUAAAAAGUUUAGAUUUUAAAGGAAUAUUAGAGAAAAUGGAUAACGUAAUAAGCGUGAACAAUAAAUAUUGAUUAUACUUUUAUGCAACGUAUGCAUCAGCAAGUCGAAUUGGUUGUAUAAGCAUUAAAUUGCUACACCUACUUUAUUUUUUUCGUCCAAUCUGAAUAAAGUGUAUUUUGUUUACAUUGUA